AAAGCUGGGAUUUUGCAGCUGCCAAAUCACACUCACCACAAGCAGCCAAAAAAGACCCAUAAAUAAUACUUAUUCCUUUUUUUAUUAUCCAUUUCAUCGGUAAAUUCCUCUGCACAUUUGAGCUAAGCAAAUAGGUGAAAAACUAGAGUGAAAAUCAAUGGGUGAAGCUCUAUUCGAACUGGAACAAGUUCUCAGGUCCAAACAGGACAAAAUAACGCCUCAAGAAGCAAGUGUUCUUCUAUCAUGCAAGUCAACUGCUGUAAGGGAUUUUAGCAUUGGAGCUCUUAUGGGUGCCGGUGUUGCGUGGGGCGCAACACGGAGACUGGGUAGGUUUUCUCGAAUCAAUCUUUCAGGAGGAGCUGCCAUUUGCUUUGGGUUGUGGAGGUUUGGUAGGUCCCUUGAUUCAUGUGUUGAUCAAGUUCUUGCAAUAGAUGGAAGUCGGAUGCAGAAGGAGUUGGCAAAUAUAAUAGUGACAAAAUAUCGGGAUGAUCCUUGGAGAAUGCAGCUUAUCUCUAAGCAUUUCUAUUCUGAAGAAGUUUUUGAUGAUUCAACAGCUGAUCGGCCAAAAAUAAGGUGGCGUUAUAGAAAUUUCUUUAGUGAUAAUGUUGUACAUGGUCAAAGGACAAAUGAGAGUGACUCUCCCAGCAACUCAGAACGUAAUUCCCACGAGUCCUAUGGUGACUCACACAGUGAUUUCCACAACCAAGAGCAUACUGACUACCACAAUGACACUGACAGCAAAAGGACUAAUUUUGAGUCCAAACAAGUUCCUAGGAACCCUGGCAUUGAUGUGAUGGCAGACCCUUUCGAUUGCGUUUUUGGUAAUCUGGCUACAAUGGAUGAGAUUCAUCUCCCUAAUACCUCAAGCAAGCCAACGCCACCUAGGGGACAUACUCGUGGCCAUAAAAGAUCUCACCGUAGGCGUCACAUGCAUCAUCAGGAUGUCCCAUUAAAUUCUCAACAUGUGUAAUAUAAUUUGCAUGUCAUGAUGUCAAUAAACAGCAGGAGAAUCAGAGAAGAACUGUAUAAAAGAACUAUGAAUUGUACCUAUCAAAAAAUAAAAGGAACUAUGAAUUGGAAUUUGAAAAGAGGUUUAUUUUCUAGUUUGAAUUUUGGCAAUGACAGAUGUUCUAAAGGACUUUAUCAAACUCAGGGUAUGUUAUGGCCAUUUCUUUGUGCUA